UCAUGAAGGCAGGUGAAUCCAAGUACACCUAGUUUGAGCAAACGUCACCUUGCAAUCAUGUCCUCUUCCGAGAGCUCCUCGGAAAAAGCACCCAGCGUCGAGUCCAUAUCGCACUCCUUCGAGCAACUCAAGUCCAAGUUUCUCGCCAUCCUAGAGGACCAUUUUUUCGGUAACUUCCAGCAUGACUGGCGUAAUGCAGGCCCGGAAAGGAAAGCGUUAGUCGAAGAAUCGCUGCCAUCGUUCGAAAGCCUCAGCGACGAAAGCGGCAGCUUCUUGGUGCUGGACGGGAAGAAGGUCUCCCUGGACUGGUUCCGCAUGGCGGCUGCAAAAGCAUCGGAGGAGUCGCUUGCAGCGGCACCUGAUCCAGCAGCAGUUCCUUCCACCAGCGCAGCCAACCCGUACGCCGUCGGAGUUGCUUCGUUCUUCCCGGAAUCAGUCGAUCGUUUCAACACCCACCGAAGUCGAUCUCGGCACGGAAUGCGCGAUCGACUGCUCGUUGAUGAAGUCCAAUUCGACAAAGAAAAACUAGGAGUAACCCACAAACAUCCCUCACAGCUCGCAACCCAGCUGGAUCCGCACUACCGCAGUGAGAUCUCCUACCGUCCACGAAUCCACAACUUUAUGCGCGUUGACGCCAUCCACCAGUUCCGGGAAGCUUCCCGCAAGCAGUUCGAGACGUACUACCGGCAGGAGUACAUCCACGAACUGACCCAGGUGGAGAAAACCGAGAAACAGCACCACCGGGACCUUCGUGCACGCUGUACGGAGCUUCGCGAGGCGCUGCGUGAACUACGGAAGCUACGCUUCCGGUCGUCGAUGCGCGUCAUGGACAUGGUCAAGCCGUACUACGAUGAGACGGCCCGUUGGGAGGCCGAGCUGCACGAGCGUCGCAAGCAGAUGGAGCUGCUGUGGAAUCGGGUGAUUCAGCUAGAGAGCUUGUGGGUUCCCAGGAUCAAGUAUCAGAACUUCCAAUAUCUGAUCAUGCCGAAGCAGUGGCGGCUCGAGCACGACUGGAUUCACAUGGAUGAGGAGGGUAAGCUGGAAGGCUAUCCGGAGUCGAUUGAGAAGCGUGAUACGGCGAAUUUGCGCAAGUUAGAAGGUCAGAACGAUAUCUGGGCUGUUAAGAAGUUCUACGAGGAGGAGUAUCAGGCGAAAAGCCGACCGGUGCACGCCGUAUUCAAAGACAGUGCGAGCUUGCUGAAAGGUGUCGCAGAACUUGACGUGAACUCGAUGACCCUGCUGAAUCGACUCAAUUUGCUGAGCUGGGUCAAGCUGGAUGCGGAAAAGGAAUCCAAAGAAGUCCAGCUGCACUACAAAAACAUGAUUGCAAAUCUCAAGUACUCGAUCGAAGACCUGGAGCAGAAGAAGAACAGUUUGGAGAAGCGCUCGACCUUACUCAAAGAUAUGUUUGAUGAAAUUGUGCGCAACCCUCUAAGAAAGUGCGUCGAGAACGAACGAACCAGAACCAUCGAAUCACUCCUUUACGUUCUAUACAAGCACUUUCUACCACCGGAUCAGCGCGAAAACGCACUUAGAUUCUCCGGAACCGAGAGUUUCAUGUACAUCUUUGACGUAGUCACCCAACUCCUAUCCGAUUUCGACAAGAUCCCACCACACCUGAUCCACUCCGUAGAGAAGCGAGUACGCUUCCUCCGCUGGCGCAAGAUGAAGAAAGCCAAGAAAGCCGCCGAAGAGGACCAGCGGCACAAGCUGAUGGCCAUCCAGCUGGAACGAAGUCUUGCCCCACGCUACGUGAAGCCUCCAAAAACCGGAAAGCUGCCACGAUCUCGUCUCAAGAAGAAACCCGUCCCGGAAGUCGUGAUCCCGCCCGUCGUCACCAAGCUGGACAAAAUCUUCUUCCUGGCGUUCGGGACGGACGCCGUGAUGAGCGACGAGGAGAGGGCCAACUUUGAGGUGGAUCUGGUGUACCAUAACUACUUUUCGGUGCAGUUUGAUCAGUUCCUGAGGUCGAUCGGGUACGAGCCGGACUAUGGGGGUGUGACGCGGGUGGAGCUGCGUGAUGGGCCGGAAACGAACUUCUUCAAGCGGAAGGAGCUCAUUCCGGAGGUGAUGCGGCGGAUUGAGCGGUGGGAGCGGAUGCAGGAGAGCAUCAAGCAGAGGCUGUUGAAGCAAAUGGUGGCGCCGUAGGAUGUAUAUUUUUGAAGGAUUAUUUGCUGAAUAAAUAUUAUUUUAAAUAAAUCGGUAAUGGCGGAAUAAAUCAGGAGGA